AUGAAAGAGUACUACAUCCUGAACAUUGUAGACCUUGCUCAGGAUGAAGAUCUGCUGGUGUUCGGCUACUCAUCACGAAUCUACCCUGCUGACGAUCGUUCGGACUUCAUAGCCGAGGAGCAACAUCUGAUCACGUCGCCGAACGAUCCAUCGUUACGCAUCGAUAGGUAUGAUUGCCGCUUGCUACUUCCAAUUGGUUUUGGUGAACGUUUGUGUACGGUCGAGGAAGAGUCUUGUCCCACAGAGGACUUGGAAGAGGAAAUGUGCGAUGAGGAACGUUAUCGCGAUAUGAACGCUGAAAAUCAGCUAAGCCGUUAG